CUGUAAGAAGCAGUGGGAAACGAGAAGUGACUCAAAGGUUUGGAAUUUCCAUUUUGUAGUUUCAUUUUCUAUCUUGUGAAACACUGUCACAGGAUUGAAAGAGGAACAUCCACCAAUUAACAGAAACAAGUUUAACAGCAGGAGUUUACUAGCCGGGGGACUUCGUCGGGUGAGGAGCUGAGAGCACCGGACCUUUGAGGAUGUCCCUGGCUUUGAUCCCCGUCUUUCUCUACGUUUUCUCGGUAAGGGCGACGGACUACGGGCUUCGAGAGCCAAGGGGGGAUGGCUUGACUGAGUGCAGAAAAGCUCAAAGUUUGACUGCUCUCGAGGUCGUGCCGGGAGGCGGCUGGGACAACUUGAGGAACCUCGACCGAGGUCGAGUGAUGAACAUCAGCUACUCUCUGUGCAAACUCACCGAGGAUGGGAAAUACAUCAUCCCAGACCAAGUCUACGUGGUGCCCCAGAAGCAGACUAACAUGGAUAUCGUGUCGGAAAUCAUCACCAGCUGGAUGAACUACAAAAGCUCCACCAGUGCCUCGGUCAACGCUGAUGUAUCCUACCUCUCUAUCCUGAAUGCAAGGUUCUCCGCCAGCGUUGAGAGGGUCAAGACCCGACAAGUGCAGGACAGCAGCACGACCACUAGAAUCCAGGUGAGGAACUUGAUAUACAAGGUCAAAUCCGUGCCCGAUUUCCAGCUGGACCAAGACUUCAAACAGCAGCUGAUUGAGAUUGCCAAUUACAUUGAGAACAACCAGACUAAAGCUGCCGAAUAUUUCGCUCAGUUGCUGGUCCUCAACUACGGGACUCACGUGUUGACGGGUAUCGAUGCCGGGGCGAGCCUGGUGCAAGAGGACCAGAUCAGUUCUAGCUUUGUGUCCGAAAGCUGGAGUCGAAAAUCCAGCAUCGGAGCGUCGGCCGGAGUCACCUUCUUCCACACGGUGAACGUGGGCCUGAGCACCCAGGAGCAGAGCACCGACCAGUUCACCCGCCAUUACAUGAACAACAGGACGCACUCGAGCAUCGAGAGCCACGGCGGGGUUCCCUUUUACCCUGGAAUCACCCUGCAGAAGUGGCAGCAGGAGAUCUCCAACCAGCUGGUGGCCAUCGACAGGAGCGGGCGGCCCCUCAACUUCUUUAUCCACCCACUCAACGUGCCCGAGCUGCCCGGGCCCACGGUGGCCAAGCUCACCCUGGCCAUCGAGAGGGCCAUCGCUCUCUACUACACCGUCAACACUCACCCGGGCUGCGUGGACAUCAACUCGCCCAACUUCAACUUCCAGGCCAACCUCGACGACGGCUCCUGCAAGGAGGACGGCACGAAUUUCACCUUCGGCGGCGUUUACCAGGAGUGCGCCCCGGUGUCGGGGCCGGACGCCCAGUCCCUGUGUGCGGGCCUGGACCAGAGCAACCCCCUGACCGGGGCCCACAGCUGUCCCGUUGGAUACUCGGCCAUACACCUGCACUCGGGCGUCCAGGAGGAGGGUAGGAGCCAUUACGAGUGUCACCGCCAUUGCCACUCGUGUUGGCUGGUGGCGACAUGUUGCGACGACGUGUGCGGCGACGGCUACUACGUGAGCAAGGCCCGCUUUGAGGCCUACUGGUGUGCGGCGACGCCCGGCCUUGUCCUGCCCCAGAACUCGGGCUACCUCUUCGGCGGCCUGUACGGCCGAGUGUCCAGCAACGAGCUGACCCAAGGCCGCUCCUGCCCCGCGGCCUUCUACCCGCUGCGCCUCCUCCAGCACCUGCGGGUCUGCGUCAGCCAAGACUACGAGAUGGGCUUCCGCUACUCGGUGCCCUUCGGCGGCUUCUUCAGCUGCGAGGCGGGCAACCCGAUGGCUGCCCGGGCCCCAGGCGUAGACUCAGGCCCAGCACCAGGCCCAGGCCCAGGCGCCGACCCCAAGCGGUGUCCCGGCGGCUACAGCCAGCACCUGGCUGCCAUUAGCGAUAGCUGCCAAGUCCUCUACUGCGUCAAGUCAGGCUCCUUCAACGACCUCAAACUGGCCCCCAUCCACCUGCCGCCGUUCGCUCAGCCCCCCCUGCUCACCAAGGGCUCCACAAACACGGUGAUGGUCAUGUCCGCGUACCAGGAGCCUUGGGUGAAGGACACGGUCACCAACCAGUGGAAGGUGGUCCCCAUCUUGGACGCCCGCCGCGUAUUUGACGGGGAGAAUCCCUCCAGAGAGGCUGGGGCUGGGGCGGCAGCUGGCAUCUCCAUUGCCAUCAUCCUGGCCCUGGUUGGCAUUCUCUGCCUUGUCUUCUUUAUCAAGAAGCGACGGAGGCAGCGCGGAUACCAAGCUCUGGCUGUAGAACAUCAGGUGAUAUCCACAACCAGCUCUGACUCUGAGAGCAACACACUUUGCUCUCCUGAUCCCCACGCGGAUGCCUGAGUCCCACUCCCUCCUUGAUCCACAACUGCAAAUCAUGGCUGAUCA